AAACAAACCCAUUUUCAUCACCAUCUUUCCCAUUUCCAUUUCUAUCUCUAUUGUCUCUCCACAUUUUUUCUCUCUCUCUCUACCCAGAACCGUCUCUCCCUCGCUUUUCUCAUUCUCUACUCAUGUAAACCCUACAUCUCUACUCAUGAAUCAAAUAACAAACAAAUUUUUUUAUCUCCUUUGUUCGAUUUUUCUCUCCAGUGGUGGUGGCAGAGUUAUGUUGGCAGCUGAGGCUACGUAGAACUCUCUCCUCUCUGAUUGAAUGUGAAACCACGAAUGAGCUCGGUAUGGGAAUCCGAUUCCUGACUCCAGAAGCUAAGCGAAGCUAACUUUUACGUAGUGUUAUUGAUGCAUACCAUGUGUUUGAUGGUAGGUCUAGCAUAUGUGCGACGAUGUUGAGGAACGCUGUUGGUCAAUCCAUGUUGAUUGGGGCCAGGCAUUAUUCCAGAGUAUCACCACCACCACCUGCUCGCAUUGAACCAGUCCUUCGAGUAUCCAACAACAUAGUCCAUUUGGGUCCUCCAAAGGAAGGCCCAAAGCCUCGGCAGCUCCUGUCUUUGCCGCCAUUCCCGGCACACCCUUUGCCUGUAAAGGAUCCAUCUACUACUACUACUACUACUCGUGGGAAGCCCUCGCAUAUCACUGCGAUUAGUUGGGUCAAGUAUUACUUUGAUCAAGUCCCCAGCUCUGUCAUUCAAUCCCAUUUCAACAAGGGCCUUGUUCAAGUGGAAUGUCUUGAUUCCAAUGACUCAUCCAUCCAAAAUGGACAAGCAAAACCUAUGAGAAAGAUUAAGCAUAAUGAGGUCAUGGAGGUGGGGGCAAGAGUUUAUAUACCUGUAUCAGUUGCAGAAUCUAGAAUCUCCAAGAGAUUUGACACUAUACCAAGUGGAACACUACAUCCAAAUGCCGAUGAGAUAGAGUACUUGCAGAGGCUUGUCAAAUACAAGGAUUCUGCUAUUCUUGUGCUAAAUAAGCCACCCAAGUUGCCAGUAAAGUUAUGUUGUAAGGGAAACCUCCCGGUGCAUAACAGCAUGGAUGCCUUGGCAGCUGCAGCACUGUCUUACGAGUAUGAUGAGGGUCCUAAAUUGGUUCAUCGUCUAGACAGAGAGAGCAGUGGCCUCCUUUUAAUGGGGAGAACUAAUGAAAGCAUUUCUCAUCUUCAUUGGUUGUUCAGCGACAUAAACAGAGCAAAAUCCUCAUCUAAGGCUUGGAAUACUGCAUGUGAAGCAGCAUAUCAGAGGUAUUGGGCUUUGGUCAUUGGGUCUCCCAAGGAAAAGGAAGGCAUAAUUUGUGCCCCUCUUUCGAAGGUACUUCUUAAUGACGAGAAAACUGAGAGAGUUAUUUUGGCUAAUUGCUCAGGUUUAGAAGCUUCCCAAGAGGCUGUAACUGAAUAUCGGGUGCUUGGUCCGAUCAUAAAUGGAUGCUCAUGGAUUGAAUUGUGUCCACAUACAAGCCGGAAGCAUCAGCUGCGUGUGCAUUGUGCUGAAGCUCUUGGCACCCCAAUUGUAGGUGACUACAAGUAUGGCUGGUUUGUGCAUCGUAGAUGGAAGCAAAUGCCUAGCGUUGAUUUUGAGCUGACAACUGGAAAACCCUACAAAUUGCGGAGGCCAGAAGGUUUGGACGUUCAAAAGGGAAGUGUCCUGUCUAAGGUUCCCUUGCUACAUCUGCAUUGCAGGGAGCUUGUACUUCCCAACAUUGCAAAGUUUGUGGAGCUUAAUCAUCAUCACCUAAACCCAGAAAACCACCACCCGAACGCCAUGCUUCGCUCUAAGCCAGAUCUCCUUCGGUUUGUGGCAUCGAUGCCAUCCCACAUGAAAAUUAGUUGGAACCUCAUGUCCUCCUAUUUGAUAUAACAGUGACUUGUUUGUUUUAUUGGUUUUGCUUCCCUUACGCUGUAGAAUCUAUAUAAGAUGGUUUAUGCGGUAGAAACAUUUUUGAGAUUUGCAUCUUGAAAAUGCUUUACAUACAAAAUCGAGAAAAUAUCAAAUAAGGCUUACUUUUUCAAUGGAAGUUCCCAUUUACAUAAA